AUGGCAUCCAUUCUGCUGCGAUUUGAAAGUCGAAAUGGCCAGUUUCGACUCACAGUCAGCCCGCAGGAACUGUUCCCUGCGCUGAAUCAAAAGAUCCUGGAACACCUCCCAGCAAACACCGAAGCUUCAUCCAUCGCUCUUUCAAAUAAACCGAUCGGCACAGGUGGCGAGGAGAGACAAAUAGCAGGACUGCAAGGUGUCUCGCUGCAACAGGUUGGCCUGAAACAUGGUGACAAACUCUUUGUGGGGUACAACGAGCAGACGCAACACAACGGAACCUCGAACGGCACUACCUCCACCACUGCAGAGCACCGGCUCAAUGGUGCACCCAUUCCGGCGCAACAAACGGUCCCGAUCCGCCCGCAGCCAGGCCCUUCCACCUCGUUGAAGAACCCGUGGGACUUGGUGCGGCAAUCCCCACUAGACAACUUGCUAGAUAAGAAAGAUGGGAAAAUCAAACGCGGAAUGGAUUACAAGAUGUGCAGGCAUGGUCCACGAGGCAUGUGCGACUACUGCAUGCCACUUGAGCCAUAUGAUAGGAACAAUAUGGCGGAGAAGAAGAUCAAGCAUCUUUCCUUCCAUUCAUACCUGCGGAAGAUCAAUGCCGCAACCAACAAGCCUGAGCUAGGAACAUCAUUCAUGCCGCCUCUUAAUGAACCAUACUAUCGAGUCCGACCCAACUGUCCUUCCGGUCAUUCCCCCUGGCCCGAGGGAAUCUGCACCAAGUGCCAACCAAGCGCAAUCAGCUUGCAGCCCCAGGAUUUCCGCAUGGUCGAUCAUGUGGAGUUUGCCUCACCUGAGUUGAUCAACUCCCUCCUCGAUUUCUGGCGAAAGUCGGGUGCUCAACGGCUCGGAUUCUUAUAUGGAACUUACGAAGAAUAUACCGAAGUGCCUCUCGGCGUGAAGGCCGUUGUGCAAGCAAUCUAUGAGCCUCCACAAGUGGGCGAGGUUGACGGCAUCACACUUCAUGAUUGGCACAAUGAAAAGGAAGUAGACGAGGUGGCCAGCCUCUGUGGGCUGCAAAAGGUCGGUGUGAUCUAUACUGACUUGCUUGAUGCUGGGCGUGGAGAUGGAUCCGUGGUAUGCAAGCGGCACAUUGACUCUUACUUUUUGUCAUCACUCGAGAUCGCCUUCUCUGCAAGACUCCAAGCACAGAACCCGAAGGCUACAAAGUGGAGUCGCACAGGUCAAUUCGGCUCCGACUUUGUGACUUGUGUCCUUAGUGGCGAUGACACUGGGGCCAUCGCUAUCAGCUCGUACCAGGCAUCUGUUUCAGCCGUUGAAAUGGUCCGCGGAGACAUCAUUGAACCAUCUGCCGACCCAACUGUGAUGCUGGUGCAAUCAGAGCACGACGAGGACAUCGGUAGCAGGACCAGAUAUAUUCCCGAGGUCUUCUACCGCAGAAUUAACGAAUACGGCGCAAGCGUUCAAGAAAACGCCGAGCCAAGUUUCCCAGUCGAUUUCUUGCUAGUAACCCUCACUCACGGAUUCCCGACGGAAGCAAAUCCCAUCUUCACCAACAGCCGGUUCCCCAUCGAGAACCGAGAGGUCAUCGGUGAGAGCCAGGAACUUCGACACGUCGCCCAGAAACUCAUGUCCCACGGCGACACCGACAAGGCCAUCCAAGGGGUGUCCGACUUCCACAUUCUGUGCUUCUUGCAUGGUCUCAGCACAUUCAACAAGGACGAGGAAUCGCUACUUUGCCGCGUCGCACGAACGAAAUCUCCCGCAGAAGGGAUCCAGCUUGUGAAUACCCCAGGAUGGGCAACGUUGAUGACAAUUCUUCAGGAGAGUGGUGAGCGCCCCCCUAAGCGCCCCUGGCCCACCCCGGCCCAGCCUUUUCGGUCGUCUUCCCAGGAUUCCCAAAUCCGCAAACGCCGCACCCCCCAACCCUCCACAUUACCCCGCUCCAUUUCUCCCAGCCCAGAGAGUGAGCAGCUUGCUAAGAGGUUUAAGGGAGCUAGUCUAGAGUAA